UUUUCUCAUCAGUCUACGUGCAGCGCUGGUUAGUGACGGGUUUAUUUCAAAUUGUUCGCAAUUUCGAUUGAUGGUUGAGCGCAAAAAAAUAUCGUCGUGUUGAAAAGUUGAAUUGUGACAUAACACAGAGGUGUGUACCUACAUUAGAAAUCGUCUAGACUCGCGGGGGUGUGUUUGUGUGUGAUUGACACUUGACCCGCGUGAUUGCACCGGCGUUUGAGAACAGUUGCUUUAACCCUCCCUGGGUUAUCUACUAUCUAAGUAUAUUUGUGCGAAGGAAUUCUAAUUAAGGAAAAAACUUCAAAAAUGAUGAACGAUCCGGCAGCCCUGGGUAUGAUUCCCUUUGACACCAUUGGAUUAUAUGAGCAGCCGAAGCCGCGAUUCAUCUUCAAAAUGCCCCGUGUCGUUCCGGAUCAGAAGAACAAAUUUGAGAGCGAUGAUCUGUUCAAGAAGCUUAGCCGGGAUGGUGAAGUUCGAUACACCGGUUUCCGCGAUCGUCCGAUCGAAGAACGGCGCGGCCGCUUCCGGGCUGGGUGCUGUGAGGGUCACACCGAAAUAUCCUUCGCCGCCACCGGAAUCAACCUGCAGCUAGUGUUUAACCCCAACCAUGGACUGUACCAUCACCCGCACCAUCACCACCACCACCAUCCCGCUCAUCUGGGACUGGAGAAGGAGUGCGAUUUCGAUAAGGAGCACGGCAAGGUUCACAUCAAAUCCCACUUUAUUAUGAACGGUGUUUGCGUUCGGUUCCGUGGCUGGCUCGAUAUGGAACGGCUCGAUGGAAUCGGUUGUUUGGAGCUGGAUGAGAAAAGAGCUGCCCAGGAGGAUGCUAUUUUGCGAGAGCAACUUGAUCGUUACAACCAGCGCCUGAGGGAUUUCGAGGAUAAGCAAAGAAGCUACCAACGGACAACACAGGACGAAUUCGAACAGAUGCGCCGGAAUAGUUCCGGUAUUGGAGUAGGGGUCGGUACCGGGGCAACCGGAAUGUGGAGGCGAUAAGCUAAAUGCCGGAGAAAAAGUGCAAAAUGUGUGAUUUAGAUGCUUCCUAGAGGGUUCAUUAUAUGGAAAAUAUGUGUAUGUUUUAACACACGGAAAAAAACUUCAACAUUUAAACUCUUUUAAUUCUAUCGAGCCACUAUCUAUGGUGACCAUAAUUAUCCGAUUGCUAUUUAUCAUUAUUAUAAUACAAGCGACUAUCGUAGGGCUUGCAGUUAAUAUGGAAGUCAAAUUUUUAAAACCAGCAUGACUAAUUAGAAAUUGGUAUAAAUAGCAGAUCGAGGCAGCCUGUAUACCAUGUGUUAUACAUAUGUAUAUAUUAUUCGACUUACGGCACAAAUUAUGUGACAUUUCGCAUAACAUUUUGUUUCGAUAUUGUUAACAGUUUAGUUUGGCAAUCCUACUUUCAGUUUUAGCAAUCAGUUCGCAGUCAUAUUUUUUUAUACAACUCAAUUUAAAGUAAGUGAGUAUUUUUUACACUAUUUUAUUAUUAAAUCACGGAAUCUCAGAGUACCAACCAAAAAUCAUGAUUAUUUCUCCAGUCAUAUUCCGGCGGCAGACCUGUUAGGUUUUAAGUAGAUUCGUCAAUAAAAUUUAUAGCUUUUUGUUAUGAUAAUUAUAAAA